CUUUACACGAGGACUAGAAAAAGCCAAAUUAAUCAAACAAGAAAGGUAAACUAAAAGGAAGACUUCAGAGCUAAGAAGUCAAUGAGAUGAGAUUGUUUCCCUCUAACUUAAAACGACUCAGAUUAGCAUGUAGUGGUAUUAUCUCGACUGUUUUACAUGGAAGUCCCAGAAGAAUGGCAUCCGUCGGGGAAUCUGAUCGCGGCAGUGGUCUACUUGGAAGAGGAGAAGGUGGUGGCGCCACCAGUUCCACCGCUCCUAGGCAGAGUUACUAUCACUGCUACAACUGCGACCGGACGGUGAAAAUCAUCGCUACUAAUCAACUAAUCUGUCCUAAUUGCAACGGCGGGGUUCUGGAAGAAUUGGGAAGUAUUCCUCCUCCACCUCCAUUACCUCUCAGGUCCACCAGCUAUUUUCAUCCCUUCUUCCCUCCCUUCCACACCGCCGGCUUUGAAUCCGACUCCGACGCGGAGUCAGAGCUCUCAUGCCCUCUACCUCCCCCGCCGCCGCCAUUCUUCGCCACCAGCACUGACCGCAGUUUCAGUUUCACCGACCUUCUCCCUCCUCCUCCGCCUCCGCCUCCGCUUCCGCCGCGGUCACUGUCAAAUCGGUCCACCGUCUCUAUAAUCUCUGGCCUCGAAAUUGAUUUUUCCGAGCCUCUUUCGCCAGACAGAGCUCACAAUUUCCCAACCCCACCGCCACCGCCGUUGCCGCCUAUUAUCUCCGACAGGAGAGUACAUCGACUUCCUCCUCCUCCUCCUCCACCCCCGCCGCCGCCGCCACCACUACCUCGACCACCACAAUCAGCAGCUCACCAUAUUUCCCACCGCCUCCCACCGCCACCUCCUGCGCCGGAACCACCCGUGUACAAUCGCACCACCGUCGCUAUGAUAUCCGGUCUCGAAAUUGAUUUCUCCGACCCUCUUCUUGCUGAGGGAGAUCAAUAUUUCUCAAACCCGCCACCGCCACCCCUUCUGUCUACCAUCAACCCGAGCUCCGCCACCACUAGGGGAAUCCACCUAUCAUAUCCUCUCCCACCACCGCCGCCGCCGCCGCAGGUGCAAUCCAUGAACAGCUGGGAUUAUUUUUUCCCUGCGAUGCCGGAGCCGCUCAUCCAGGCCACUCGUAUGCCUGCAAUUAGCGUGAUGGAAGUGGAGGACGAGGAUAGAACGGUGUCACUGGAUACAAAGAAGAUAACUGAAGAAAUGUUGUUGGGCUGGGAGUGUCGCUCUCAAUGCGCGGUUUGUAUAGACAACUUUGAGAGCGAUGUCAGAAGGCACAACUUUCCUUGUCGGACAAUGUUGGUGAUUGAAGUCCGUUUUUUGCCUGAUCAAGUCUUGGUCAAGACUUCGAUGUUUUUAGAGCUAUAAUGCUGGUGUUACUUGUCACGGUAUGUCCUGCUGAUCCUAGCUUAAAGCUUUUCCUUUUCUUCGGCACUUGGAACUUUUUAGGUCGAUUAAAUUUACAGGACAAAAAAGAACAUACAUCAGCAAUUUUGGGAAAACAAAAUCUCACACUUGGGGACAGAAAAUCGUUUAUAUUCAUCAACACACAUGUUUCUAGGAUGUGUAGCUGGAGAUAAAUUUCACUGGCAUUGGCUCUCAUUAUUAGCUGAGAUGGUCUUUGAUGGCAAACUAAGCUCCCUUGUUAAAAUUAUCUACCAGCAGAUAAUUACUGGCAAAUUGGCAGUGCACGACGCUAGUAGUAUGACAACCUUCAUUUGAACUGCAAGAAUAGGAGGGGAGACACAGCUCACGCGGUUAUUGCAAAUAAACAUGGGUUAGUUGACGGGGAAUGAACUGAGUGAGAUGGAGGGAUCAAAGGACUGAAAAGGUUUUCUUCUUUGAAUUAUUGCCAUUAGAAUUGAGAAGUUUGAAGAAGCAGCAAGUCGAGAAAAAUUUUGCCUGUGACAACUUUUCAAUUUUUUGUAACCCAAUCAAGGUUGACUUGUUACCUUGCGCAGCCACCUCAAUGAACAGGUGAUGAACUGAUCAUGCAAUUCACAGGAUGAAGCUUUUUCUUCAAAGUAGUCAAUCAACUAAUAACUGUUAUUUUGUCUUGAAAGGCUGCUGGAACUUUGGUCCCUUUACUGUUUGUUUCACUUUGGCGGUGGUGCUUGGGUCAUGCCGGUGAGCUUACCGAGUUGGGACGCCGAGUCACUUGGGUCUUAGAAAGAGUUUUGUGUGGUGGUCUUUAGUCUUUAAGACUGGGUCUGCAUUUGGCCUCUGAUAAUUAUUGACAUUUGACAACCUGACUUUAACCUAGGUGAUGUGAAGAUCCAUCAUGGUUCAAAGUCGCGGUUGUGAUCGUGGUCCGACCGUUUUUCACAUGGAUAUUGUUGACCAUGUCUGUCAUUCGGACUCUUCACUUGAUCGCGCUGUAGCCGUGUCUGAAUCUCUAUUUUGCAUUAGAAUUGCCAUGUCGGUGGGAGUACUUGGCAGCCGAGUCCAAGUAACAUAGAUAGAUUGUUGAUGCCUGAUGAUAUGAUAUAUUUCAACAGUGUAUAUUGGGAAAAUCCUGAUGGCUGUAUCCCGGCUAAAAAGAUGAUAUGAUGGAGGUUUCUACUGGAUAAUCUCUUCUUCUCA